ACGGAUCCUUCGUUUAUCAAUCUGCAGCAAAAACUUAUCUACGGGCAUUAGAUGUCAUUCACUCAUCAUCUUUACGUAUCGUACUUGGUGCUUUCCGAACUAGUCCUUCUAUUUGUCUGUGUGCCGAAGCAGGGGAACCGCCCCUUCAAUGGAGAAGGCAGAUCCUACUUAGUGGCUAUCUCACUAAAGUCAUGACAUCUUCAAAUCAUCCUACCUAUCCACAUAUGAUAUGUGAUGCUAUUGAAGUGACAGACACUGUAAAACCUAUUUCUUAUGUCACUAAGCAGCUGAUUGAUAAAUUGAAAACAAAAUACAGCCUCGAUCAACUACAACUUUCUCCAAAUGAAACCCUUUCCUGCCCCCCGUGGAUGUACAAUAUCGAUACUGUCAAUUUGGACCUAGCUGCCUAUCAGAAAGGAAACACAUCAAGUACAUUUUACAAGGAACGACUAAACCAACUUUUAUGUCAAAACUUCCUUGAUUACAAACAAAUUUUCACAGAUGGAUCUAAACAAGAAACAUCAGUAGGAUUAGCAUUCGUAGAUACAUCAAAUAAUUUUAUCCUGAAACAAAAAUUAUCUCCGUUAAAUUCUAUUUUCACAGCUGAGAUGCUGGCUAUUCUCGAAGCAAUUAGAUAUAUACAAGAACUUAGUUCCUGUAACAAUGAUACCAUCAAUUACGUCAUAUGCUCUGACUCUCUUUCCUCACUCCGCACCUUGAAAUACAACCCUACUAAUCAUCCCUUUUCAAUGUUAAUCCAUGAUACUGUUCAUGCCUUAUUGGCCAAUGGCCACUCCACCUCUUUUAUCUGGGUACCGGCUCAUAUAGGAAUUCUGGGAAACGAAACAGCGGACAGAGCAGCAACUGAAGCAUGCUCUUUGCAGAACAUCACUCACCAUCCAUUCACUCAGCAAGAUGCUAAAAAAGCUAUGUGCGAAAUUAUCACAAAAUCGUGGGAACAAGAAUGGAGCACAAGUGAACAGAAUCGUCUCCGUAGAGCCCCCAUGCCAUAUCCAAGAACAUCUAAUCAUAAAUCAAGAUCAUGUGAAGUCCAAAUUGCGCGUCUCAGGAUAGGUCACACUUUUUUCACUCACAACCAUAUCAUAUCUAAAGAAAACCAACCCAUCUGCCAUUUCUGCAAUUCAUCACCUCUAACCAUCAAACACAUACUUAUGGACUGCUCUUCCCUCCGA